AUGUUUUUACGCUACGAGGCGGCCUGGUUGGUAUCUGAAGCGGCGGCGGCGGGCGCGAGCGGCGCGGGCGCCGGCGCCGGCGCGCAGGACGACGACUCGGACGGCGCGGACGGGCCGUCCACGCUGCCCCUGCUGCCGCUGCCGCGCUCCAAGUCGCACGACCUGCUGCUGCACGAGGAGGCGCGCCGCCUCGCCUCGCUGCGCUCCUCCUGCUCCAGCGGCGUCGGGGAGUUAUAUCGUUUACGAUAUAUACGACGACGAUCAUAUUUUCUAACAGACGUGGUCGUGAUUGGUACUCGAACGUGUGAUCCAGAACUGGAAGUGAAAGUGAGGUCUGACACACGACGAAUCGGCGCUCCUUCAACAAGGGCAGGGAAACUACGCUGGGGAGCGCGAGGCGCGCGGGCAGCGACUACGAGCGCUUCUCGUGGCGAGGAAGCUCGAGUCGGCGCUGAUGGCGACGAACUCGCGCACAGCGCCUCUCGCUGGCUGGCGACGGAGCCCGCGGGCGCGGCGGCGUCCGGCAAGCGGCGCUCGGCGGGCGACCUGCUCUUCGGCAACAGCCGGGCAACAGCCGCGGACCACCUGGACCGCGUGCGCUCGUGCGGCAGCAUCGCGGCAGCGUCGAGGGCAUCUGGGGGCGGCCGCGCCGCCGCUCUCCGUGCCCGACGCCAACACCACCACAGCGGCGGCUCGGGCGCGUCGGCCGACGGCGACGACGACGACGAUGACGACACGACGACCGUGGACGACGACGACGGCGGCAGCGCGGCGGCGCGGGCGGCGAGCUGGCCGCCGGUCGCUCCACACGCUCCCCGCGCAGCCUGCAGACGUCGUGCAGCGCAGGCACCAACUCGCUGCCGCGCCUGCCACGUCCACGGCCGCCGCCACCGCCGCCGCCGCCCCUCCGCGGCCGCGGGCCCCGGCGCCGCCGGCAUCCUCAAGGCGCACAGCAUGCACACACUUCCACGCCGUCAAGUCGCGCGCUACCCCGGCCGCUUCAGCCGCGCCGCCGCCCCAGCGCGGGGCUUCCGCCCGGCUCCAACCCUCGCAACCCGCGCCGCGACGCCGGACGCCGCCGCGCGCCAGCCCUCCGCCCAGCACGCCGAUGCUCAUGUAUCAACCCCAAAGCACGUUUUAGAAGAAUUGAGAAAACAGGUAUACCAGUCAGGUCAGCUGAAGUUAGGACUUCUCUAA